AAAACACACAGUUGUUCUAACCCCAAACACAAAUUGGGAAAGUUUUAAAACUUGAAGGACCUCACUUAAUUGGGAGACUUGUUUAUCCAUUUUAGUUCAAGGUCCCAACUGCUUUUCACCAAAGUACUUUUUCAACCAAAAAAAAAAACUAAUUUUAGAAGCUUGGUCAAACAUGUUAUAGUUGGCAAAUGUAUAAUCUAUAUAUACAGAAUGUAUAACAGAUAGAGUAUAAUCUAUGUAUCCUGCUAACAAAGCAAACUGGGCCCCAAUGAUUCAAUGGACUUCGAAUCCCCCGGCCCAGAUGGCCAGUCCAUUAAGCUAACUUACACCUCCCCCAUCUCUUUCCAACUCCGGCGUUGCUGUUUCUCCGACGUCUCUCCGGCGUCUUUCCCCAAAACCCUAAUUUCUUUCCCAUAAUGAGCUCAAAAUUACGAUAAUGCCACAAAGAUGAGAUUUUAAUCAUGGGAUUUUGUCAAUUUUCAGUUCUUGCCAUCAAAAUAUUUACAAAUAUCUGUCGAAUGCUUCAAGCAGCUGAUUGAAAUUUUGUAGAAUUCAAUUUCUUAGUACAAAAUUAUGUUUCUUCCAUUCACGUAUGCUAAUAGAGGCAAUAAGCCAAUUUUAUCACUCAAGAUGGUAUAUUUAUUCAGCACUGCAUCAUCAUCAUCAGCUUCUGGAGAAUUCUUGAAGCAUUUGCUGAAUAACAAAAAUGGGUAUGGUAUGGAGAGAGCUUUGAAUGCAGUUACGUGUAAACUAGAUAGUCGAUGUGUUGAUGAAGUACUAGAGAAAUGCGCGGUUAGUGAUCCUAAAAUGGGUCUAAGAUUCUUCAUUUGGGCUGGUAUUCAAUCCAAGUAUAGACAUAGUAGUUAUAUGUAUGGUAGAGCUUAUAAACUGCUUGAAGUAGAUCGUAAACCACAGGUUAUUCGUGAUGUGAUUGAGGGUUAUAGGGUGCAGAAAUGUGUUACAAGUGGGAAGAUGUUUAAGGUUCUGUUGAAUUUGUGUAGGGAGGGAAAAGAUGCAGUCUUGGGGUUGUGGGUGUUGAGGGAAAUGAAAGAGUCAAAUUGUAGGCCUGAUACGAUAGCGUAUAAUGUAGUUAUUCGAUUGUUAUGUGAGAAGGGAGAGAUGGAUGAGGCAAUGGGAUUGAUGAGUGAGAUGGAGGUGAGUGAUCUUUAUCCUGAUGUGAUCACGUAUGUCAUGAUGAUUAAGGGGUUGUCUGAGGUGGGUAGGUUGGAAGAAGCUUGUGGAUUAACGAAAGCUAUGAGGGGACAUGGAUGUAUGCCGAAUACAGUUGCCUAUUCAGCUCUUCUUCAUGGGAUUUGUAGGUUUGGGAAUUUGGAAAGGGCACUUGAGUUAUUGAGAGAAAUGGAAAAAGACGGUGGGCAGUGUAAGCCCAACGUUGUUACAUAUACUACUGUGGUGCAAAAUUUUGUGGAGAAAUGUCAGUCAAUAGAGGCAUUAAGUAUACUGGACCAAAUGAAGGAUUUUGGGUGUAAACCAAACAGGGUACUUAUAUGUACUUUGAUUCAGGGUCUUUGCAAAGAUGGGCAUGUGGAGGAAGCUCGUAAAGUUAUCAACAGAGUAACUGAAAGUGGUAUCCCAUAUGAUUCUUGCUGCAGUUUGCUAGUUUUAUCAUUAUUCCGGAUUGGAAAACUCAACGAGGCAGAAAUAUUUUUUAGGAAAAUGUUGGCCGGUGGCCUAAAACCUGAUGGCUUGACCUCAAGCACAAUAAUACGAUGGCUUUGUCAGCGAAGUCGAAUACUUGAUGGAUGUCACUUGAUUGAUGCAAUUGAGCAGUCUGGAAGUGUAUCUUCUAUAGAUUCAGAUAUUUAUUCUAUUCUUAUGGCUGGACUAUGUGAGGCAAAUCAUCUUGCGGAAGCUGCUAAGCUUGCUAAUCUGAUGGUAGUGAAAGGAAUUCAGCUCAAAGGUCCUUUUGUUAAGAAUGUAAUUGAAUGUCUUAAGCGUUGUGGGAAAGAGGAUUUAGCUUCAAACAUUGAUAACAUUAAGAGCUGAGGAGUAUUGAGAUUGCAUUAAUAUGUUGUUCCUGCUUGUGCCUUAUUGUUUCCAACAAACAGUAAUCUCGCCAUUGAGAUUGACCCGCAGUUGUAUUCCAUAUUCCACAACUGAAUUCUCUCCAGUUUUGUGCAAUAAAUAAAACAUAUUUGGGCUUCUAGUCAGGUUGGACUGAUAACUCUUCCAGAUAUCCAUUUGCAUCCAAUUUAUCGAUUUUGCAGUUUGAUUUGUGUAUGUGGGCCUAUAUUCUUAUGCAGCAUGAGAUGGAAAGAACUGGUUAAAUACUCAUUUGAAUAUUCAGUUGAGACCAUGUGACAGCUCCAAGGUGGUACCCAAUGAGCUAUCCGCUGCAUAUAUCCCAUCUCUUGUGGUUGAAUAUGAGUUGGAAAAUGGAAACUCUAGCCCUACAAACAAGGUAUUUGAUGAACGAUUCCAGCGAAUUGAUUCCAAGCCGCCCUGGGUUGGUAUUGUGACUGUCGAGAAAUGUGCAACAGGACCUAGUGCUGGCCAUACUAUUAUUUGCUUGACCAAUGCUGAAGGAAAUUAUGGGGCUGGAAAUCUGGACAUGACACUGACAAGGGAGAAGAUCUGCUUGCUAUACUGCCAUGGGGUGCUCACUUUGUUGCAACUUCCAUGACUGUUUGGAACCAAUAGAUAGAACUAUGCUUCUAACAUGUGGAGGAAAGCUCAAACUAUCCGACAUCAGAUACCACCACGCUCGCCUCAGCCUUUUUAUUGGAUCCCUUAGACCAUGUUUUGUUUUCUGCUGGACUGAAGAAAGGGCCAGAACAAUGCAGAAAAGGUUGGUGUUCCACUUCAGCAAACAUGUAGAGCUGUAAAUUCUAGAAUUUGAACUUGUAUUCGUAAAGAAGCCUCCAUUUUUAUGGGUUCUGCAUUCUACGUUCCCAGUGACCUUGUAAUGUUUGAUAAUUAAAGGGAACUGGAAUUAUUUAUGGUUC